AUGCCAAAAAUCGUCGUGUUGGGUGCCGGAAUAAACGGUAUUUCUACUGCUCUAGCUAUUCAGGAGAGUAUUCCCAAGUGUCAGGUUACCGUAAUCUCCGACAGAUUCUCUCCAAAUACCACGAGUGAUGUGGCCGCAGGGCUCAUUGAGCCAUAUCUUUGUGAUGACGACGUGGAUAGGAUUAUAAAAUGGACACGUGCCACCAUUCUUCGUAUUCAAGAGUACAUGACCGGUGGUCACCCGGGAGCAGAGGAACAAUCCGGUUACUGUUUAUCCAGUGUCAAAUCCAUCCCAAAAUGGUUGGAAGUCAUGAAAAAUGUGCAUAUUUUGAGUGAGGAGGAGAUGAAGGAGGUGGCUAAGAGGCCGGAGCAUAAAUUCGGUUUUUUCUACACAACGUGGUAUCUGGAACCGACUGCUUAUAUCAAAUGGGAAACCGAGCAAUUUCUGAAAAACGGUGGACAAUUUCUCCAGCAAAAAAUCAAUAAAAUCGAUGACGUGUCAAAAAUGGGAUAUGACGUCAUCGUGAAUUGCACUGGAUUGGGGUCCCGUGAAAUGGUUGGGGAUAAGGAAGUAUAUCCGACACGUGGACAAGUAUUGAGGGUGGAGUGUCCACGUGUCAAACACUUCUUGAUUGAUGACGAGUAUUAUGCGUUGUUGAAUGAAAACACCAUAACCCUCGGCGGGACCAAAGACCGUAACCAAUGGAACACAACCAUCAAUCCCAUUUUAUCCCAAAAAAUUUUCGAAGAGAAUUGUCGGAAUAUUCCAUCUCUCCGCUCCGCCCGUAUUCUCUCCGCCCACGUGGAUCUUCGCCCGACGAGGGGUACUGUAAGAUUGGAGGCGGAGCCUAAUGGAAAAGUGAUUCAUAAUUAUGGACAUGGAGGGUCUGGAAUCACUUUGCAUUGGGGAUGUGCAAUGGAAUGCGUGAAUUUGGUGAAGAAAAUGAUAAUGGAGGAAAAGAAAAAUUCAAAAAUUUGA